AUGGACGAAACAUCUACACGGCAAAUGAGUUUCAACUUACUUGAGAGGGAGCUGGCGGCCAGAUCACAAGCUGGAACAGGUCUUAUUGCAAAUGAGGAAGAGUUUGCUCCUAAAACGAAGGAAAGUAAAUCUGGCGAACGGCUUUUCGGAAGCACAGCUCAUUACGUUAGGAAUUCAAGGGUAGCUCAUACCGAAGAUACCUGGCAGCAGAGGAAUCCGCAGUGGUUAGUGAGGAAAUACUUGAACAACUUCUCGCUGAAAAUUCUCCCAAUUAUUCCACUCCACAUUUUGUGCGACAUACGACUUAACUACAGAAACCAGAAAUCGUGGCUAAAAUUGCGCAAAUUGUGGCAUCACUCCUCAUCAAUUACGACGUAUAGGUGCCAAAACGAGUCGUCUCUCUACCAGAACUUCCAAGAAACCUAUGGCAAAGUUACAAAAGAACGUCCAUCGAGAGCAGUACAAGCGUAUCCAUGAUAUGCAGCUGAUAGUAUAAAUAGACCUGUACAUAGCAAAGCCAUGAUACUAUAGAUUCUACAUUUUGUGUGCAUUCCUCUCCUCAGUAGUUACCAUACAUCACCGUCCUUCCUUUGUAGAUGAUUCGCAAAGUAUUGACUUGCUGUGUAAUGGAGAUGUUGUGUCGAAGCAGAUGAGAUACAUUCUGUAAUACUUUUUAAGAAUAAAAACUGC